AUGUCUGGAUACCCUCCUCCCGGUCAGCAGCCCUACUACGGCUCUCCUCCCCCUCCCGGCCAGCCUGGCUACGGCCCUCCUCCCGGCCAGCAGCCCAUGUACUACCCUCCCCAGGGCCAGGCUCCCCCUCCCCAGGAGGAGAAGAAGGAUGACAAGGGCUGUCUCUACGGCUGGUAA